AUUUAAAUAUACUGUACUUAUCACUCAUUGGCUAUUCUUUAUGCAUAAAUUAAUUUCAAAUUUAAAAAAAUAAUCACGUGAUCAACGACGUUAGUGUUUAUUGGUUAUCAUCGUCUUGUAAUACGAUUAAAAAAUCCACGUGUUUAUUAUCGAUAGAUUUUAUUGGACGUUUAAAUUUUUAUUUUUAUUUUUUUUUAAAUUUAAAAGAAGUUAAUUUUCUUUUAGAUUAUUUGAUAUCAAUUUUAUGCAAUUUUUAUACUCUACAAAAAUUUAUAGGAGCUUAAUGCUGGGUAAUCAUUCUUCAUUACCUCUUUAGAAAAUUAAAAAAAAAUGAUGUCAAUUAAACUUACUUGAUACGAAUUGUUGAUAAUAAAUCCUCCUAUAGAAAGUAUUGUCGUUGUAAGUGUGUAAAAUUAAGUCAAUUCUUAUAUCGCGAGGUACUUACAUACAGUUAAAAACUUUUACUCCCCUUUCACAGCAUUCUUUAGAUACUAUCUUCAACGAAUGUCAAUUAUAGAAUAAUUAUAGAAAAUGUCAAUUGUAAAGAAAAAUGCAGUUAAGCGAUUGUUCGUCCAAAGAUCUACAUUUGUCUAUUGUAUACGAGUGGCGACCAUCCAUCGACUCCAACAAUUCCCUACUGUACAGGAUGGGGAGCAGAUAAGGAGCUGGUGCCUUAUCGGAUAGUUAAUGAGGCUCUUCAAGGCUAUGGCCUCGUGGUGUCAGUACUGUGAAAUAAAAGGGGGCGAAAAAACUUCAACUCCAUUUAUCAUUCUCUGUUACAUCCCUCUGAAGGAUGGUUCUCGUGUAAAGUUCCGAGAAUUUCCCUUUCUCUGAUUACUCGCAUGUAUACUAGAAUGACAAUUAUUGUUUCUCUUUCUAAAUAAUUCCACUAAAAUUUCGUGCUAAUUAACUUUACAAUUCAAAAACUGGUCACGUGUACGCUGUUUAACAUACUGUUUCCACUAAUUGUGUCUUUCCCUUUUUAUUCGUUACUUAUUUUAAAUUUAAAUAUUUAAACGAAACGUUACGAUUUUCUAAUUGGAUAUUUUAAAAUAUUUAAAAUGACGUCACGUGUCGAUAACAUUCAUAUCGAUUAUUGGUCAAUUUCUGAGACGCGUCCACCACGUGAUAAAGUCCGUUUUGGUGAUUGGUUAAUUUUAAAUUUUAAACUGUGUCGUUUUGAUAUUCCGUUUAUCGGGUGACAUUUCUAAUUAUAGAAAUUAAAUUAGCGACGUUUAGGUGGUUAGUUUCUAUAAAAUAUCUACGUGAUAACCUUAUACACGUUCCCCCACGUUAAUACCCACAGGUAAUGUCUUCACUAAAGAUCCUUUCAAGGUUUUCUCUUUAGAAGAUUAGUAAGAAAAACAAGAAAGUCCUCUUCUCUGAAUUUCUCUCGAAACCUUUCUUGUGUACAAGGACGAAACAAGAAAAAAUACUUUAAAAGAAAACGACUCUAGACUCGGUUAUCUCUUGUCUUUACGAAAGAUAAUGCGAAAGUACAGUACAUUAAAAGGAAUUUUGAACUUGGGGACGAUAUAUGGACUUGUUGCGGUAUUGUUUCUCCAAAUUUACUUAGCGGUUGACCAGGAACUUUACUUUUUUGCUCCAUCAACAAAGGAAAAACAAGUUGAUAAAUCACGAAGAGAAUGGAGCACGCACCGGUUCUCACGUCCCAAGCAUCGAUCCGAUUAGCAGACCGGUGACGGACUAUCAGCAUGUGACGGCACCUACACAGAAUACUAUGUAGCGUGUGUGUGUGUGUCAGGGUGGAACUAUGUCUAGCCAGCUGCCUCGCUCCCCGCGUCUCCACUGGCAGCCAGUGGUCUAUGCGGUCUUUUCUGUUUUGCUACAUCAGUGCACCGCCUUCGUCUGUCACCCCAAGUGUAACUGCAUCUGGAGGAAUGGCAAACAGACAGCGGAGUGUCUAGGACAAGGAUUUGAAAAAAUCCCGUCCGGUUUAGAUACAGGUAUACAAGUGGUCAAUUUGUCACGUAACAAUUUUCGUCACCUUCCUGCAAACGCCUUUGUGUUGGUAGGUUUGGUGAAUCUUCAACGUAUAUACUUAUCUAAAUGUUCUAUAGAACAGGUGGACGAAUAUGCCUUUAACAGAACAUCAAACUUGAUAGAGUUAGAUCUAAGUAAUAAUCGUCUAACGCAAGUGCCGUCGACGGCGUUACGUCAUCUUCCACUUCUUAGAAAUCUGAUUCUUAGUGCAAAUCCCAUCACCGCGGUGGCAUCUCUAGCUUUUGUCGAACUGAAAGCAUUAACGGGGCUCGAACUGAGCCAUUGCAAGAUCGAUACAAUAGAUCUAAGAGCCUUCGAAGGCCUGGAACAGUUAAAAGUGUUGAAGUUGGACGGCAACAACUUGCAAACUGUUCCCGGUAAAGCCAUGUUGCCGUUGAAAAUGCUUCAGGGUAUUACUGUGGACGAAAAUCCUUGGAGAUGUGACUGUCAUCUUCGGUCCUUUCGCCAGUGGUUGGAUAAGUAUAACGUACCUUACGUGCCACCCGGAUGCAUCAAGCCAGUGAGAUUAAAGGGAAAGGAAUGGAACGAGGUGGAUAUCCUGGAUUACGCCUGUGAGCCGACCAUAUUAAACACGUCCACAGUCAUUAACGUUGUAGAAGGUUCAAAUGUUACGUUGAACUGUAGAGUAACAGGUGAUCCAGUUCCUGAAGUGCAGUGGUUGUGGAGAGAGAGGGUAAUCGCUAAUUUGUCGGAAGGAAUUUCCUCUCAGCAGACAUUUAUUGUGAGGGAAGUGGUGGAAAACGACAAAUUGUCUCAAUUAUCCAUCACUUCCGUGCAAGAACCAAAUGCAGGAUCGUAUAUAUGCACAGCGGAAAAUAUGGCAGGAAGGAUGAGGAGAAAUUUCACUUUGCAAGUGUCGCGUAUACUAACGGAUGUAGGCACGGUAGAAAGAGAAAAAACCCAAGAAGUUAAAGAAGAAGAGAAGGAGCAAGUGGAAGAUCGAAGCAAUCCAGUUAUUGGAUUGAUAAUUGGCAUUGUUAUAGGUGCACUUAUAGUAUUAAUUAUAUUCGGGGUGGUGCUGUGGGUGUGUCGGAGGAGAAGACGUGGUGCUGCCCAUAGGAAACGCACAGAUGCCAACCAUAAACUAGCUAACUCUGUGAUUCCUCAUUCGACGAAAGAGACAGCCGAAGACGUCGAUUUGAAAUUAUUACGAGUUAAUCCCGUAGAGAAACCACCACGAAUGGGAGCGUACGAAGGAGUUCCAACAAGCGAAAUGGAUCACUACGAUCCUUUGCAAGUGGAAGGAGGUCUUUCACCUCACGUCUGGGUUGUCAAAUAUCAUAUCCCUCCAGAAAUGGAAUGGGAAGAAGAACAGAAACAGCUACAUCCAGGUGAUAAGCGACUAAGUACGCGUGGCCCCAUUCCCGUUCCCAUGCCCCUUCCUCCAGAAGAUAUACAUUCAAGACUACACACGGAGCUAACAGAUACGUUAAGAAGAAAGGGUGAUUCGAAAAAAGUUAUGGAGAGGGAAAGGGGUGAUGGAAGUUCCGAGUUAGAAGCAGUAGACUACGAAGGAAACAAACCAAACUUUGAAACUCUCAGGGUUAGGGAAUUAGAGAAAAGUCUACGUGGUCCAGUCGAACAUUCUCCAGUUGCAGAUAAGAGUCCCGACUUGAUAGAUCACACCAGAAAAUCUACUGAACAUCCUGUCGAAGACAUGGGUGAUGUGCAGUGGAAAACGAGUGGUGCGGGUCCUAAAGUGUGGGAUUCUUCCUACGAUCAUCCAACUGCUUACUACAGAAGUGAUGUCCAAUCAAAGCCUACAUACGAAGGUGGGAUUGAUGGGACAGAAGUGUGAACUUUUUAUAAUAAAAAAAACGAGAGAGAUAACAAUUAUAAUCGGAUAUAAAAAAGAAAAAAAUGAAUGUCUAGUUGUUGCUCAGUUAUCACUAUGUACAAAAAUAAGAGUCAACUAAUUGACAAUAUAAAAGAACAAAGAUUUUUUUCCGACGAUAAAGAAAAAACAAUCUAUUUUAGGUGUGCUAAUGCACAGAGAAUGAAAAAUAAUAAUAAUUAAACAUAAAAAUGGACAAAUAUUUUAACUGUAUCUAAGAAAAGCAACCAGUUUAAAAAAAAAAAAGUAUCCUCUCCCCUACAGAAAAUAUGAAUGCGGCCUUCAAUAUAGUACAUAUAUAUAUACAUACAUAAACACCAUCACAUCCGUAUGUAUAUAUAUAAGUUAGGAAAAGUGUGGUUUAAAGUCGUGUUCUGAACAAUUUUUAUAAAUAUACAUACAUAUAUACAGACAGACAGACAU